UCUAAAAGCAGGUCUUUUAAAGCAAAUUUGACUUAAGAGGUAAAAAUAUGUAAAUAAAUACAUCAUUUCUGAAUGCUAAAUAAAUGUUCUCCUCAUUCUUACCCCUGUUUGUACAAGCAUUUAAAACAUAGUCAUUCAGACUUUCAACAUUUAAAGGCCUAUUUGUCAAAGAGCAGCGAUCUGCCAUCGGGAUUGAUGACCAUUUGACCCAUCACCUCCAAAACAAAGCACUGUGCACAGUCUGCAAAGUUUGAAAAGAACAUUUGAUAUGAUGUUUCAUAGAUUAUUUUUGAUUGAGAGCCUCAUAAUAUUUUUCAUACCAUAAUUUAAUCGGACUUAUUGUUAAUUAUAGCACAGAUAUUGAAAUCAAUCAAACCUUAUUACUACACGAUGGAGUUUAAUUAGAUAGGCUGACUUAAUGGACAAAGUCUGUUACAUCUUCCAUAGUGACACGUGAAAACAAUAAAAUCGCUUCUCUUCAAAAGAAAAGUUUAAGAUAAAAGGUGACAACGUCAAACUGCAUAGUUAAGCACCUGCCGCCCAUCUCAGGACGUAAACAUUGUUGCAGUCUGAAGCUAUGUCCACGCGUCUAUAAAUAUGCCAUAAUGCGAUCAAAGUCAAACUCAAGACAAUCCUGCAUUGACAAAAAAAAAUGACCACAACGCAAACAAGAGUGGACUUCCAGAGCUUCGACAUGUGGCACGACUACAUGAACCUGAACACGCUCCUGGUGGGCGACCGGCGUCCGGUGGAGCUUGGAAACACACGGGAGCCCAGGAAGGAGCCCGGCCAGCAGAUGCGCAUCAUCCAGACGUCACUCGAUGGGAAGAAAUGGAAAAAAUCCUCAGAGACUAGAUCAGUCAGCAGCAGCAACAGCAGUCUGUCGGACACCAGCAGCUGCAGCAAGACCUCGGCGGACCUUUGCCGCUUCUGCAGGCAGAACGGGGAGUCGCCCCGGGUGUACCGGUCCCACGCACUCAGAUCGGACGACGGGAAGGUGACCUGCCCCAUCCUGUGGAGUUACACCUGCCCCAUCUGCGGGGCCAGCGGGGACCACGCUCACACACGCAGGUACUGUCCGCAGGGAAAAAAGCGGAUGGAGGCAGAGACAGAGCUGCCAGUUUUCAAGUUCUAGUAACUUGACUCAGAUGACAAUUACAAAAACUGUACAUAAUUACCA